AUGCCUUCAACUUCAACAUUCACGCUUACACUCACACUCACCCGCAAGGACAUUCCGCGCUGUCUGCGAUACGCGCAUAAUCUUAUUCAUGCUUCUUCGUUCACGAUUGUGUUAUCUUUUGCUUUUCUCCUGGGUUGUUUGAGGAGAGUGAGGAUUGGGAGAUGGGGGGCCUUGUCACUACUAGCGGCGCGCCAAGGCAUUGUAGAGCACAGGGAAGGCGAAGGGGAAGGGGAAGGGGAAGAGGAAGGAGGGGACUGUCUGCGGACUCGUAACGAUAAUCGCAUCCGCGUCAUUGCGAUUCACGGAGGUUUGAUCUUGAGGAUGGACGUCCGGCCACCACAUAGCGCUGCUCUCGCUAUCCACGCCAAGGAAGUAGUCGAGACGGCCACCAACGUUCAAGUCCAGCACGAACACGGCACACUCGGAAAUCUCAAUGCGGAUCUCAGAAUUAGCGAGGGAGGCCGUCGACCAGUCAAAGACAGACGAUUCGCGAUGCGCGACGCGCGAACAGUGCGCUUCACGAUCAGGAAGGCCGUCCGCCUGCGGGCCUCUCAAGGCCAAUCCGAGAUCAUAGAUGCUCCUGGAGAACAUCGAGGCUACGAGCGGUCCACGUCAAGAUCGUCAAGAUCGUCAAAUGCCCCAAGGCCUCACGUGCACGGCCAAAGACACGACGCGCCAGAGAUGUCGACACGACCGUCGAGUAUACCGCUAGAGACCUCGUCCACGUCCACUGUCCAGCAUGAACGCGACUCACUCGAAAAUCUCAACGCGGACCUCGAGACUGCCGCGGGGGAGACCGUCGACUACUUUAAGACGGUGGAAUCGCGAUUCGCGAUGCGGAUAUAA